CCUCCAACUCGUCCAUCCAUCACCAAGAGCAGUGGGAAACUAAGUGAAUAACUAUGGCUUCCAUGUCUACCAUUCUUCCAUUGUGCCUUGGCCUCCUUCUCUUCUUCCAAGUGUCCAUGGCACAAUUUUCAUUUGGGGGAAGCCCACUUCAGAGCCCACGUGGAUUUAGGGGAGACCAAGAUAGUCGUCAUCAAUGUCGUUUUGAGCACCUCACCGCCCUUGAGGCAACACACCAGCAGAGAUCUGAAGCUGGAUUCACUGAGUACUACAACAUUGAGGCAAGAAAUGAGUUCCGUUGUGCCGGAGUGAGCGUGAGGCGCUUAGUCGUCGAGAGCAAGGGCUUAGUUUUACCAAUGUAUGCUAAUGCUCACAAGCUUGUCUACAUCGUCCAAGGUCGGGGAGUGUUUGGGAUGGCACUGCCUGGUUGUCCAGAGACGUUCCAGUCAGUUAGGUCUCCCUUUGAGCAAGAGGUGGCAACAGCUGGUGAGGCUCAAUCAUCAAUCCAAAAAAUGAGAGACGAGCACCAGCAACUUCACCAAUUCCACCAAGGUGAUGUAAUCGCAGUGCCAGCUGGAGUAGCCCACUGGCUAUAUAACAAUGGUGAUUCUCCUGUGGUUGCUUUCACUGUCAUCGACACCAGCAACAAUGCCAACCAGCUCGAUCCUAAAAGAAGGGAGUUUUUCUUGGCUGGAAAGCCUAGAAGUAGCUGGCAGCAGCAAUCGUACUCAUACCAGACAGAACAACUGAGCAGAAAUCAGAACAUCUUUGCUGGGUUCAGCCCAGAUUUACUUUCUGAAGCCCUGAGUGUGAGCAAGCAAACUGUGUUGAGGCUCCAAGGCCUGAGUGACCCAAGAGGUGCCAUCAUUAGAGUUGAAAAUGGGCUCCAGGCACUGCAGCCCUCUCUCCAAGUUGAGCCAGUGAAAGAGGAACAAACCCAAGCUUACUUGCCAACCAAGCAGCUACAGCCCACCUGGUUGCGAAGUGGUGGAGCUUGCGGCCAGCAAAAUGUCCUAGAUGAAAUUAUGUGUGCAUUUAAGUUGAGGAAGAACAUAGACAACCCACAAUCCAGUGACAUAUUUAACCCCCAUGGUGGAAGGAUCACAAGGGCCAAUAGCCAGAAUUUCCCAAUACUCAAUAUCAUCCAGAUGAGUGCCACCAGAAUCGUUCUCCAAAAUAAUGCCUUGCUUACUCCUCAUUGGACGGUAAACGCACACACGGUGAUGUACGUGACCGCUGGCCAAGGGCACAUCCAGGUGGUGGAUCACCGUGGUAGGAGUGUCUUUGAUGGUGAGCUUCACCAACAGCAGAUCUUGUUGAUCCCACAGAACUUUGCAGUGGUGGUGAAGGCUCGACGUGAAGGAUUUGCAUGGGUAUCCUUCAAGACCAAUCACAAUGCUGUCGACAGUCAGAUCGCAGGGAAGGCCUCCAUUCUUCGUGCUCUACCCGUUGACGUGGUCGCCAAUGCUUAUAGGCUUUCAAGGGAGGACUCUAGGCAUGUAAAGUUCAACCGCGGCGAUGAGAUGGCUGUCUUUGCUCCGAGGCGUGGGCCGCAACAGUAUGCUGAGUGGCAGAUCAACGAGAAGUAAACUAAAUGUGUAACGAUCUUACUGUAAUGAAUAAUGUGAAGAAGAUUGCCUACACCUCUUUUUCCAUAAAAAUAUCAAUAAGCAAUUACUAAGAACAUGAUAAUACUCUCAA